AUGGCGAUCAGGGCUCUACCAUGUCUCCGGUUGUCAUCCUUUCCCCGGCUACGGGUUCUGCCCAGGUCCUUCUUUACGAUACGUCAUACAAUUUCUCGCUCCUCCCCCAAAUCUCCUCUCACCACUUUUUCAAUCCCCUUUCCUAACCAACUCAUACGCUGGCCCCGGCCCAACCGCAACUAUGCUCUCCUUAUUGCCUCAACUUCCCUGGCCUUUACCCUACAUCUGGGCAUGUUUUCCCCAUUGACACUUGACACUGGGGCGACCGGUCCAGAGAAAACUACCGAGCAGUUGAUGCUCGAGGAAUCUGAACGGGAACUCCUAGCGUCACACAGAGCUUCACCGGGCCAGUCAUUGGUCCUCCGCACCCUCCAAUGUGUUCGAAUUCUUGCCAUCGAGUGUAUUCUCGAGCCGAUUGCUACGGGGCUCCGUUUUGUGCAUUUGGUAGUGAUUUUCGUACCAGUUAUCCUCGCGAUACCCUUAGCUUGCAUUGGCCCACGGCAGCCAGACCGGUGCAAUGAGCGUAUUGGCACUAUUUUCUGGUAUUCCUUUUUGAUCAAAUCUAUGGAGCGAGCUGGACCUACAUUCAUUAAGGUGGGUCUUCUAUCGGAUUCAUUGAUUUCAUGCUCCGUCUGUCUCUCCCUCGCGGUGCCCCGGGUCUUGAUGACUAACUUGGAUAGUUGGGGCAAUGGGCAGCAUCUAGAACCGACAUUUUUCCUGCUGAAAUGUGUGAGAUGAUGUCAAAGUUACAUUCUGAUGCCCGUGCCCACUCCUUCCGAGACACGCAAAGGACUAUAUCUCAGGCUUUUGGUGGCAGACCCUUCGAUGAAAUAUUUGAGGAGUUCGAUGAGAGACCGUUAGGAAUUGGGGCUGUUGCACAGGUCUAUCGGGCUAAAUUGAACCCGCAUCUAUUACCAAGGUUACACGAAGAGGGCGAAGCGGAUUUUAAGAAACACCUCCGGCGAAAGGUUGAUGUCCUUGUAAAAGAAGCUCCCCAUCAGGAUGUCCCCUCUUCGCACGUAGCAGUCAAGGUGCUCCAUCCCAAGGUAGACCGUAUCGUCCACCGGGAUCUCAGAAUUAUGCACAUCUUUGCAUCGCUACUAAAUUUGGUUCCAACUCUUGAAUGGCUAUCUCUCCCGGAUGAAGUGGACAAGUUCAGUGAAAUGAUGAGAUUGCAGAUGGAUUUACGUAUUGAGGCAAAUAAUCUUAGCAGAUUUCGAUCCAACUUUGGAGAUAGAACCACAGUCACCUUUCCCAUGCCCUACAGCAAUUAUACUACUCGAGAGGUCUUAGUAGAAGAGUUUGCACACGGAGUCCCUCUUAGUUCGUUUUUGGAAUCUGGGGCCGGACCAUUUCGCAAGGAGAUGGCAGACAUGGGCUUAGACGCUUUCUUGGUCUGUACCUUCUCCUGAUUAGACACUCCACGCUAAUUUUUAAACUGCCUCCAGCAUAUGUUGAUCAUGGAUAACUUUAUCCAUGCGGAUCUGCAUCCCGGAAACAUAAUGGUCCGAUUCUACAAGCUCGAACCACUCUCUUCCUUCACACAUUUUCCAUUGGUUGUUCCGGACCUCAAGGCUAAUGCCAAAGGUGCCAAGAAUCACAAGGAAGUCACAGAAGAAGUCAUUUCCAGACUUACGCCUCAUCGUGGGAACCCGCAAGAAUGGAAAAGGGAAUUGGGUUUACUAGACGAUGAAGGGUACAGGCCACAGCUUAUCUUUAUUGAUACUGGGCUUGUAACAGAGCUCAACUCAGUGAACCGUCGUAACUUUCUAGACCUUUUCCGCGCCAUAGCUGAAUUCGAUGGGUACCGCGUAGGCCAUCUCAUGGUUAAGCGCUGCCGCUCACCCUCAGCUGUGGUCGACAGUGAAAUAUUCGCCCUCAAGAUGCAACACCUUAUCCUCGCCGUGAAGAGCCGGACACUCGCUUUAGGAAACAUCAAAAUUGGGGAUCUAUUGAGUCAGGUUUUGCAGAUGGUUAGGGUCCAUCACGUCCGGAUGGAAGGAGAUUUCAUCAAUGUUGUGCUAUCAAUCCUGCUCCUCGAGGGCAUUGGUCGCAGUCUGGACCCGAAUCUAGAUCUUCUUAAAAGGUACGCCGUUUCAAGCAGAUAUUUCAGGCUCUUGGCUGAGAUACGUAGUUCGUUGCCUAUGUUAAGAUCGAUCAGGGCUGGCAGUGGAGCCCAAAUGCUUGGCAAGGGCGGAAAUAGCGACUUUGGGCUGUUAAAGGUUUGGAUAGCUCUCGAGGCGAGACAGUUCAUCAAUAGCUCUGUGGAGGAUGUGGGAAAUCUGGUAAAGUAUGAUCUUUUGAGCCCUAACGUAUAA